AUGACUUCAAAAGUUUCUAGGUUAGAUAGACAAGUUAUACUACUGGAGACCGGGUCUACGCAAGUUGUUAGAAAUGUAGCCGCCGACCAAAUGGGGGAUCUUGCCAAACAGCAUCCCGAAGAUAUACUAUCGUUACUGUCGAGGGUAUAUCCCUUUCUUAUGUCGAAGAAAUGGGAAACCCGAGUCACGGCGGCUAGGGCAGUUGGUGGAAUUGUAUCACAUGCUCCACUUUGGGAUCCAAAUCAGGACGAUGAUGAUAAUAAUGAAAUUAAUAUACCUAAUACUAUUAAACCAGAAGAUGAUGAUGAAACAAAUGCUAAAAUUAAGUUAGAAAAUGAAUUAAAAAUAAAAUUGGAAGAAUUAAAAGAAUCAGACAUUGAUCUUUUACAAGAUACUAAAUCUUUAUAUUGUCUAUCUCAAUGGAAUUUAAACGAACUGUUCAAAUCUGGUAAAAUAUUAUUAGCACAAAGUGUCAACGAUUUUAAUGAUUCAGCACCUUCUACGAUUUCAGAAGCUCCAAAUAAGCAACUCAAAUUAGAACAAUCAAAUAAUAAUAAUAAUAAUAAUAAUAACGACUUAACUACGAAGAAAUCAGCGAGGAUGUUGGCAAUGGCGAAACGUAAAAGGAAAAUACAGGCAAAAACACAAACAAAUAAACCCGUAGAUUUAACAGAAAGUUCAAUAUCGAAAACGUUGUUACAGCAGCAGCAGCAACAACAACAACAGAAUGAUAAUAAAGCUACACCACUAGUAAAUCCUAAGUUAGAAAUUACAGAACAAGUAGAUAGAAAUAAAAUUAUGAUAGAAACUGUGGCAGCACCAAUAUUAGAAGAACAUGAAAAAGUCGCAGGCCUCGUAUGGCAAUUUCAAGGUAUUUAUGAACUUUUAUUAAAUAAUUUAACGAAUGAAUCAUGGGAAAUUAGGCAUGGUGCUGCAUUGGGUCUAAGAGAAUUAAUGAAAAAACAUGCAUCAAGCUUAAGUAGGGUGAAAGGUAAAUCUAGAGAAGAAAAUGAUCUUAGAAAUAAGAAAAAUUUAGAAGAUCUAGCAACUAAUUUACUGACAGUUUUUGCUCUUGAUAGAUUUGGUGAUUACAUUUAUGACACUGUAGUUGCUCCAGUAAGAGAGUCAGUGGCACAAUCAAUGGCGGCUAUAUUACUUCACUUAGAUGAUGACCUUUCACUCAAAAUUUUUGAAAAAUUAGAACAGUUAGUAUUACAAGAUCCAAUAAUUACGGGACUUCCCAAUAAAAUUUGGGAAGCAACACAUGGUGGAUUAUUAGGAAUUCGAUAUUUUGUAAGUAUUAAAUCAGAAUUUCUGUUAACACAUGAUUUAUUGGAAAGAGUUGUUAAUAUUGUACUAUAUGGUUUGAGUCAAUCAGAUGAUGAUGUUCAAUCCGUUGCUGCAUCCAUUCUAACUCCAAUAACAAAUGAAUUUGUUAGAUUAGAUCCAGAUAAAAUUGAUAUUCUCAUUACAACGAUAUGGUCUUCAUUAACACAAUUAGAUGAUGAUCUUUCUUCAAGUGUAGGAUCUGUAAUGGAUCUAUUAGCAAAAUUAUGCCAGCAUCAAGAAGUUUUAGAUAUUCUUAAAGGUAAAGCUCUCAAAUUCCCAUCUGAAUGGUCAUUCAAAUCUCUAGUACCAAAAUUGUACCCAUUUUUACGUCAUUCAAUUUCUUCUGUGAGAAAAGCUGUACUAAAUUUAUUAAAUGCAUUUUUAUCCAUUAAAGAUGAUACCACCAAAAAUUGGUUAAAUGGUAAAGUCUUUAGACUUGUUUUCCAAAAUAUUCUAUUGGAACAAAAUCCCGAAAUCCUUCAACUAUCAUUUGAUGUUUAUUCUUCAUUAUUAGAGCACUACAAAUCAAAGCAUACUGAAAAGUCAUUAGAUCAUGUCUUUAGUAAACAUUUACAACCAAUUUUACAUCUUUUAAAUACCCCUAUUGGUGAAAAUGGUAAGAAUUAUAGUAUGGAAUCACAAUUUAUUUUAAAACCUUCACAACAUUACCAACUUCAUCCAGAAAAGAAAAGAUCCAUUUCCGAGGCCACUACAGAAACAGAUAUUCCAUUACCAAAAAAUUCCGAACGUAUUAACAUUGAUGCUCCAAUGAUUGCAGGUGAUAUUACAUUGUUGGGAUCAGAAACUAUUAUUAAUACAAGAAUUAUGGGUGCAAAAGCAUUCGGCUUAACCUUAUCAUUAUUUCAAGAAUCUACUCUACAAUCAUUUUUGAGUAAUAUUCUUGUUCGUUGUUUGGAUUUACCAUACUCUACACCAAGAAUGUUAGCUGCGGUUAUAUUGAGGCAAUUUUGUUUGUCCUGGUUAGAACAUCAUGUCGACAGUGAAAAUUUACCACCAUUCGUUGCAGAAAUUUUUGCCACUGAGAUAAAUGAACAAUUAUUAAAUCCUAAUUCUUUACCAGUGUUUAGAGAAUUGGUACCAAAUUUAAAGGCUUUAAGAACUCAAUGUCAAAGUUUAUUGGCUGCCUUUGUCGAUGUGGGGAUGUUGCCGCAACAUAAGUUACCAAGAAUUGCCAUUGUUGUCCAAGGUGAAACUGAAGCAGGUCCUCAAGCAUUUGGUAUUGAGACUGCCGAAAAAGUUUUUAAUGAAUACUAUGACAAAAUGUUCAGAGCAAUGAAUAACUCCUACAAGUUACUUGCAAAGAAGCCUUUGGAAGAUGCUAAAUAUCGUGUUUACAUGGCUAUUAAUGCCGCAAAAGAGGCUUCGAGGGCUCGUACUGGAAGUAUCAUGGCUAAUUAUGCUGCAGCAUCUUUACUUUUCAGUGGUGUCCCAUCAAAGUUGAAUCCAACGAUUAGAUCUCUAAUGGAUAGUGUCAAAGAAGAGAAAAAUGAAAAAUUACAACAAAUGGCUGGUGAAUCUCUAAUUCAUUUAGUCAAGGAAUUACUUAAAACUAACAAAGUUAAUGCCGCAAAUAAAAUUAUAAAAAAUUUAUGUGGUUUCCUUUGUGUUGAUACUUCAGAAGUUCCAGAUUUUUCAGCAAAUGCAGAGCAUAAAGAUAUCAUUUUAACUUUAAUCAAAGAAGUUAAUGCAUUAACUGCUCAGGAAGAUGUUGCUUUAAGGAAGAUGACAGAGGAUGCAAAAUUGAAAAGAAAAGGUGGUCUUUACACACUAGGUAAAUUAUUUGAGGCAUUUGGUGACGUUGCUUUAUCAGAAAUUCCCCAAGUGAAAAGUUUACUCUUUGAUCCAUUGAAUAAUAUUGAAAAUUUGAAAAAAGAUGAUGAGGGUGCAUUUGAUAAUACUAUUGGUCAAUCAAUUGUAGAUGCAUUAGGUAUAUUGAGAGCAUUGUUUCCAUUCAUGAGAGAAGAAAUAUGUGACAAUGAAAUUGUACCUCAUUUUUCCACUAUUCUUACAUUUUUAAAAUCCGAACUUUCAGUUUUACGUUAUUCUGCAGCUAGAACUUUUGCAACCCUUGCGAAGAUUUCUCACGUUAAAGUGAUGCCAUUCAUUAUUAGGGAAAUUCUUCCCCUCAUGAACAAUGCUGGAUCAACAGUAGAACGUCAAAGUGCCACCGAAUUAGUGUACCAUUUAUCAUUAGCAAUGGGCACAGAUAUAUUGCCAUAUGUUAUUUUUUUAAUUGUUCCAUUAUUAGGUCGUAUGAGUGAUUCCAAUCAAGAUGUUAGGAAUUUGGCAACUACAACAUUUGCUUCAAUUAUUAAAUUAGUCCCAUUAGAAGAAGGUAUUGCUGAUCCUGAAGGUUUACCAGAAGAUUUGAUGACUGGUCGUGAGAGAGAGCGUGAUUUUAUUCAACAAAUGAUGGAUCCAUCCAAAGCUAAACCUUUCAAAUUGCCGGUUGCUAUCAAAGCUACGUUAAGAAAAUAUCAACAAGAAGGUAUCAACUGGUUGGCAUUUUUGAAUAAGUAUCAAUUGCAUGGUAUUCUUUGUGAUGAUAUGGGUCUUGGUAAGACGUUGCAAACAAUUUGUGUCAUCGCCAGUGAUCAAUAUUUAAGACAAGAGGAUUAUAAAAACACGAAGUCUGUUGAAACAAGGCCUUUACCAUCAUUAAUUAUUUGUCCACCAUCUUUAACAGGUCAUUGGGAAAAUGAAUUUGAACAGUACUCUCCAUUUUUAAAGACAAUUGUUUAUGCCGGUGGCCCAUCUUCAAGAAUACCAUUAAGAGAUAAGCUUGAUUCAGCAGAUAUUGUGAUCACAUCAUAUGAUGUCACGAGACAUGACCUGAAUGUAUUGGUUAAAUACGAUUAUAAUUACUGUGUUCUUGAUGAAGGUCAUAUUAUUAAAAAUGCACAAUCUAAAUUGGCAAAAGCUGUUAAACAAAUACAUGCGAACCAUCGUCUUAUUUUAACUGGUACGCCAAUUCAAAAUAAUGUUGUAGAAUUAUGGUCAUUGUUCGAUUUUUUGAUGCCGGGGUUUUUGGGUACAGAAAAAAUGUUCCAAGAAAGGUUUGCAAAGCCAAUUGCAGCCUCUAGAAAUAGUAAGACUUCAUCAAAAGAACAAGAAGCUGGUGCUCUGGCUCUGGAAGCUUUGCAUAAACAGGUAUUGCCAUUCAUGUUAAGAAGACUAAAAGAGGAUGUUCUAUCAGAUUUGCCUCCAAAGAUCAUUCAAGAUUAUUAUUGUGAAUUGAGCGAUUUACAAAAACAACUUUAUGAAGAUUUUGCCAAAAAACAAAAGACUGUUGUUGAAAAAGAUAUUGAUAACACUGAAGAAGCAGAUGAGGGUAAGCAACAUAUUUUCCAAGCAUUACAAUAUAUGAGAAAAUUAUGCAACCAUCCUGCUUUAAUUCUCUCCCCUGAUCAUCCACAAUUACGUCAAGUUGAACAAUACCUGAAACAGGCAAAUCUGGAAUUACAUGAUGUAGUAAAUGCACCAAAGUUGAAUGCGCUACGUACUUUGCUCUUUGAAUGUGGUAUUGGUGAAGAAGAUAUGGAUAAACGAUCAGAAUCACAGUAUUUGACUGGGCAAACUGUCAUUUCACAACAUAGAGCCUUAAUCUUUUGUCAAUUAAAAGAUAUGUUAGACAUGGUCGAAAAUGACUUGUUCAAGAAAUAUAUGCCGUCGGUUACAUACAUGAGAUUAGAUGGUGGCGUAGAUCCUAGAGAUAGACAAAAAGUUGUACGAAGAUUCAAUGAGGAUCCUUCAAUUGAUUGUUUAUUAUUAACAACUAAAGUAGGUGGUUUAGGUUUGAAUUUGACAGGUGCAGACACUGUUAUUUUUGUUGAGCAUGAUUGGAAUCCAAUGAAUGAUUUACAAGCAAUGGAUCGUGCUCAUAGACUCGGUCAAAAGAAGGUUGUCAACGUUUACAGAAUUAUUACGAAGGGAACUCUGGAAGAAAAAAUCAUGGGUUUACAAAAAUUCAAAAUGAAUAUCGCCUCUACGGUUGUUAAUCAACAGAAUAGUGGUUUAACUUCCAUGGACACUCAUCAAUUAUUAGACUUAUUUGAUACAGAUAACGUAACUGCUCAAGAGAAUGAAAAGACACCACAACCUGCAAAGAGUACAGGUCUGGAAGAUGUUGCCAAUGAAACAGGGUUGUCAGGAAAAGCGAAAGAAGCCCUUGGAGAAUUGAAAGAGCUAUGGGAUUCAUCACAGUAUGAAGAAGAGUAUAAUUUGGACAAUUUUAUAAAGACUCUACGUUAA